UUAUAUCCACAGCACCUCCCACAGCAUGGACAGUAGACACACCCCUUAUUUCCACAGCCCCUGCUACAGCAUGGACAGUAGACACACCCCUCGUAUGGAUAGACACACCCGUUAUAUCCACAGCCCCUCCCACAGCAUGGACAGUAGACACACCCCUCAUAUGGAUAGACACACCCCUUAUAUCCACAGCCCAUCCCACAGCAUGGACAGUAGACACACCCUUUAUAUCCACAGCCCCUCCCACAGCAUGGACAGUAGACACACCCCUUAUGUCAGUAGCCCCGCACACAGCAUCAAUAGACACACCCCUCAUAACAAUAGACACACCUCUUAUAUGAGUAGCCCAUCCCACAGCAUGGACAGACAGCCGGGACCCAGCUCCUCCCUCAGUGCGAGAAGACAGCUGAGGAGACAGGAGGCGGUGCGUUGUGACUCUGAGGACCUGAGCUGCAGUUCCACCGACGAUCUGCGGGGGAGCUCUGUCGACGGCACCCACCUCACCGUACCCAGCAUGCACCUCUCACCGCUACCCAGCCUGCCCCCUGGUGGUAACACACACCUGGACGUACACCACCCCUCCUCGCCGUCCCGUGCCCCCCGAGGACGCACCUCCAGCGCACACACACUCCGCCACACACACACCGUACACACACUGCGUCACACACACAGUCAGAGGGUUAUAUCUACCAGAGGACACAGUAGGAGCCACAGUGAUAGUGGGCCCCAGCGGCCCCCCAGCCCUCAGAUCUCCACCCCUCAGACAACAGACAACCCACAGACACCCCAGAGACCUGAGAUACCCCAGACCCCAGGUCCCAGCCUCACCAUCUCUCUCUGCUCUAGAGGUCCCAGCCUGUCCCUCUCCUCUCCCUCCACACCCUCAAUCCCCAGCCCCAACCUCACCAUCUCUACUCCCUCCACUCCCCAGAGCCCUCAGACCAGCUUUGGCCCAAAGCAGAGUCCCAGUUCCAGCCCUGCCUUCAGCCGUGAUCCAUUUCCCCUGAGCCUCGGUUCCAGUCCUAGCCGUCUCCCCACUUCCUUUCCAGAUGAGACUGAUGAUGAAGUCUGUUGCAUCACACACCACGCGUCCAGCCCCUCACACACACCUGAACACACACACCACACGUCCAGCCCCCCACACACACCCUGCUCUCCCCACACCUCCCUCCACGCCUGCCUCUCAUUUGAAGAGGACCAGAGGAACCUAUGUCUCAGCAGCCAAUCGGCGUCUCCCGUUCGAGAGUGGACCAGGAAGCAGAGGAUGAGCCCGCCCUGCAUCUCCGUAGCCCCACCUGCUGAAGCCCAGGUUUCCACGGUGACCCAGUCGACGGACAGCAGCAUGCAUCUGAGGAGGCGGACCCUGUCGGUUGACUCCGCCUCUCAGAGAAACUCAUUGGACACGAACCCAGCGGAGACACGCCUUUCUGUCCCCUUUCUCCAAUUGGACUCCAGCUUUAUAAGCAUCACGGUGGAUUCUGACCAAUCAGGAUGCUCGUUAUUGACGGACAGCGAAUCAACCGUUGAGGGGGAAGGUGAGGGGAGAGAAGGGGGAGGAGCUCGGAACUCUCAGUCUCUGCUGGGAUUGGUUCCCAACCCUCUCAGAAGGAGGAGCUUAGUGCGCAUGCUCAGCACACGGGAAGGAGAGGAAGAGGAGACUCAACCCUGACCUCUGACCUCUAAGAAAUAGUUUCCUUUCUCCAACCAUCCUCCUAGAGAGACUCUGGUGAGGCAGCAGGGUUUUAGUCCAGCCCUGUUGGAACAGGUCUGAUUCAGCCAAUCAGCUGUUGAUAAGGACAACCCUGACCUCUGACCCCUAACCCGUGACCCCCCCAGAAAGACUGCUGUGCUGUAGCCCCCCCCCCCCCCUGAGGAGCCGUAGCCCCUCCCCCCUGAUGUCAGAGUGUGACAUCAUGGUACGGAAUGAUAUGCAAUUGGACCCCCCACCUUCUCCCUCCCUCACCCACCCAUUGGUGGAAACUGUGAGCGGUUGACCUUUUCCGUACUGUGUGUCUGUUAGGAGACGAUAUGUGUGUGACCUCAUCAGAACCUCCGGCACUGAACACUAUACCUGCCGUUAGUCGACCUUUAACUAUGUCACCUUUAAUCACCUUUGACCUUUCACCCGGCGACAGCCUCCCGUCGCUGCAGGUGACGUCGGAGUGACGUCCUUUCUCCUGGAACACCCGGGAGGACCUUUCACCCGGCGACAGCCUCCCGUCGCUGCAGGUGACGUCGGAGUGACGUCCUUUCUCCUGGAACACCCGGGAGGACCUUUCACCUUUUUUGACCAUUUAAAACACGAAGAAGUUUGAAUAGCACUAGAUCUAACGAGGUCGCCUUUUAACCUUCGACCUUUAUCUGAUGUUUUGUCUGUUUCUUCCUUAUUGUACAGCUUCUGUCAGGUCCUGUUUUAGUCCAGACACUUCUCCUGUCUCCAUGGUUACUACCAGACACAUAUAUAGAGAAACAUGUUGUUAAAUAUAUGGCUUAUACACGACUGUGGUUACUAUAACUAACUAACUGACAGAUUAGGAACUCUGUCACUUUAACUUAUAAUUACUAGAACUACUCUCUCUCUCUCUCUCUCUCUCUCUCUCUCUCUCUCCUCCUCUCUCCCUCUCUCUCUCUCUCUCUAUCUCUCUCUCUCUCUCUCUGUCUCUCUCU